GUGGGCCCCCAAGCCCAAUCGAAGUUGCAGGCCCAGCCCACUACAAACCCUACAGCCCAAACCAAAACCCCUUCCCGAAACGAAACCCGCCGCUCUGCCCCGUCGCCUCCUCGCCGCGCCGGUUUCCUUCCAACCUCUCCGCCAUGAUGCUGCGCUCCUCCGCUCGCCUCCUCCGCAAGCUGGUCGACAAGUCUCAUUCGCACGGGCGCCGCGGGGUGGAUGCCGCGGCGGCACGACGGCUCUCCGUCGCCGCCGCCGCGCGAUACACCUCGCUCCUGCGCCCUCUCCCCGGCCUGGAGCUCCCGCCCUGCCUCCCGGGCCAGCUCGGCCGCAACCCCACCAGGAUCACCACGCUCCCCAACGGCAUCCGCGUUGCUUCCGAGGACGUCCCGGGGCCUUCGGCCUGCAUAGGGGUCUUCGUGAAUUCCGGCUCAAUUUACGAGACCGGGGAGUCCACCGGCGUCUCGCACCUGCUGGAGAAGCUGGCCUUCAAGGACACCGCGCACCGAAGCCACCUGCAGAUUGUGCAGGAGCUUGAGCUCGCCGGAGGAAACGUCGGCGCCUCUGCGGCCAGGGAGCAGAUGGUCUACAGCUACGACACGCUCAAGGCCUACUUGCCGCAGGCCGUUGAGGUGCUUGUCGAUUGUGUCCGGAACCCGCUGUUCCCCCAGGACGAAGUUGAGCGGCAGCUGGCCCUUGCACGAGAACAAGUCCAGGAACUGCAGAAGAACCCUGAGAGGUUUCUUAUGGAAGCACUUAACCUUGUCGGAUAUACAGGUGCACUUGCUAAUCCGCUAAUAGCUCCUGAGGACGCUCUUGUGAGAAUCAAUGACAGCAUCAUUCAAAAGUUCUAUCAUGAAAAUUUUACUGCCGAUCGCUUGGUUCUAGCAGCAUCAGGUGUUGAUCAUCAAAACUUAUUAGACAUUGCAGAACAUUUGUUGUCUGAUUGGCACAAGGGAUCCCCAGUGGAAAAGCCAGAGUCUACAUAUGUUGGUGGUGAUUCCAGACACAGCGCAGAGUCAGAUAUGACACAUGUUGCAUUAGCUUUUGAAGUGCCAGGGGGUUGGCUUCAAGAAAGAGAUGCUACAAUUAUGACCGUCAUGCAGACUUUGAUGGGUGGUGGUGGUUCAUUCUCGUCUGGUGGUCCUGGAAAAGGGAUGCAUUCACGGCUUUAUCUGCGGGUCCUAAAUAAAUAUCACUCUGUCCAAUCUUUUUCAGCAUUUAGUGAUGUAUAUGACAAUACUGGCCUCUUUGGUAUCUACCUGACCACGCCAUCAGAUUUUGUAGCAAAGGCUGUUGAUGUUGCGAUAAAUGAAUUGAUUGCUAUUGCUACACCUGGAGAAGUGACAGAGGUUGAACUGAAACGAGCGAAAAACUCAACAAUUUCAUCCGUGUUAAUGAACCUUGAAUCCAGGGUAAUUGUUGCGGAAGACAUAGGAAGGCAGCUUUUGACUUAUGGCUGCAGGAAGCCUAUUGAUUACUUCCUUCAAUGUAUGGACGAAAUAACUCUAAAUGAUAUUACAUCAUUUGCCCGGAAGAUGUUGUCGUCGCAACCCACAAUGGCUAGCUGGGGAGAUGUUGGCAAAGUUCCUCCAUAUGAAUUUGUCUGCAAGCGGUUGCGAUAGUAUCACUACACAAUGAUCUCUGGUGGACGUGAAGAAUCCUUUCGUGGAGUUUUGUUUUGAUGUUGUAUUGGCCUAUUGGGCGCCUAUCUCAGAAACUGCUGUUUCAGACAUGCAAAUUAGUGAAGUUAGGAUUGUAGCAGCUACGUUAAGUCAUUGACUCAUUGUUCAAACAGCACACAGAUGAAAUGAGCAAGGCUGACAGAAAUGGAACUUUUGCAAAGUUCGUUUGCAGCAAAUUAGCCAUUCCUUCAUGGUUCAUUUGUACUUCUAUUGUCAUAUUUAGCGUUUUCUUAUCAAUUUUAUUAUGAUGCUGGAUCAAAGCAGGACCUUGUAGUUGCAAUUAGAAGUGUCUGAUUAAUGGUCAGCACCUCUAUA